AUGCAUGCAAUUCAUGGAAUCUUAUCUGGCUCUCUGCAUAUACUUGAUUAUGCUGUUGCUGCAGUCUUGCAGACUACUGAGCUUGUGUUAGAUUCUCAUCAAGAUAAUACAAUGUUCUUGCAGGCUCAAAUGGGUAUUUUCACGAUUUAUCUUGAAGAAUAUGUUCAUUUGGACUAUACGAGUAUGAUGAUAUGUGAGACAAGUGCUAGAGUUCCUUUAUAUGUGUAA